AAAAUUAAAUCGCGUUUCUUCAUGGAACCUCACAAAAGCUAACUUUCUUUGACUGCCACCUCUACCCCUUACCUUACUUACACGCUCUCUCUCUCUCUCUUUAAACACAAUUACUACUAUAAGAGACUUUCAAUUCCUACAAUACUAUAGGAUAUAUAUAUAUAAUUCAAAACUAUACUUCAUAUACCAAUACUAUAUCUUUGAAUUCAUCAAAUAUUUCGUUCGUGUCGUGGCCAUCAACCUUGGAAAACUUUAAGCUACUAACCUUGGAAUUUGAACAUUAUAUUCACAUACCUUUAUUUAAUUUGUUUUCCCUAUUCAAAUAAGCUCGUUGAUUCUAAAUUGGAAUUCAAAGACUGCUCCUUAAUUCUCUCAUUUUCCAGUCUCCACACGUAUUUGAAAGCUUAUAUAAAAGCUAACAAGAACCACUGUCAUAAACAUAUCUUAAUUCAUUUAUUUGUUCAACUCUCACGCACUUCAAUUAUUUUCAACAACAACAUCUAAACAAUAUCUCAUAUCUUCAUUCAAAGUACUCAUACAUCAUACAACAACAAAGAUUUGUAGGGUAUUAUAUUUAUGGGGGUGUCUGUAACUGAUUUGUCAAAUGGGUCUAAUAAGAUGAGCAAUUCAAGCAAAUUAAGUGAUUGCAGACCACAACACAUGAUUCUUGAAAGAAACCAUUCAUUUGUUCAAGACAAAGAACAAAAAAUGGAUUCAAGUAAAUGUGAAUUGAAACAUAAACAAGUUCCUGUUAUUUCUCUGCCUGAAGCAAUGAUUUUCUGUUCUCCAAGACCAGUUAUUGAACUUGAUGCUGCUGCAACUAAACUUCAAAAGGUUUACAAGAGUUACCGUACAAGAAGAACCCUUGCAGAUUGUGCAGUUGUAGUUGAAGAGUUAUGGUGGAAGGCAUUGGAUGCUGCUGCUCUUAAAAGAAGUUCUGUUUUGUUUUACGAUGUUCAGAAACCGGAAACUGCCGUGUCACGUUGGGCUAGAGCAAGAACUAGAGCAGCUAAGGUUGGAAAAGGUUUAUCUAAAGAUGAAAAGGCGCAAAAAUUAGCAUUACAACAUUGGCUUGAAGCUAUUGACCCGCGUCAUCGAUAUGGACACAAUCUUCACAUGUAUUAUGAUAUCUGGUUUGAUAGCCAAAGUACACAACCAUUUUUCUACUGGUUGGAUGUUGGAGAUGGAAAAGAAAUAAAUCUUGAGAAAUGUCCAAGGAACACUGUUCUACAACGCCAAUGCAUUCAAUAUCUUGGACCAAAAGAUAGAGAAAAAUACGAAGUAAUUGUCGAAAAGGGAAGACUGGUAUUUAGACAAGAUGGAAGGCUUGUGAAUACUGAUGAGAAAUCAAAAUGGAUAUUUGUUCUCAGCACUACAAGAGCCUUGUAUGUUGGAAAAAAACAAAAGGGUAAAUUUCAACAUUCAAGUUUUCUUGCUGGUGGUGCAACCACAGCAGCUGGUAGAUUAGUAGCACAUCAAGGUGUUCUUGAGGCUAUUUGGCCAUACAGUGGACACUACCAUCCAACUGAAGAGAACUUCAAAGAGUUUAUAAGCUUUCUUGAAGAGCACAAUGUAGAUCUCACAAAUGUUAAGAGAUGUGCUAUAGAUGAUGAUACUCAUUCAAUUAUUGGAAGCAAUUCAUUUAGUGCAAUGAAUGAAACACAACAACCAAAGGUUCCUCUAACUCCUAAGGUCAAUGUGACUGAUAAUAACAAUGUAACAACAAUUCAUAAAAAGGAUCAAAUUGCAGCAUUUAAUGCAACAAGAAGAUUGUCUUGCAAGUGGUCAACUGGUGCUGGUCCACGUAUUGGUUGUGUUCGUGACUAUCCUGAACACUUGCAAUCAAAAGCAUUGGAACAAGUUAAUUUGUCUCCAAGGCCCACUUCUUCAAGACUCAACAAAUUUGGCCCAAUUCCAUCUCCUAGGCCCAGCCCAAAAGUUAGGAUGUCACCUAGGCUUGUGUACAUGGGAUUACCUAGUCCAAGAAACCCUAUUUCAACUGCAAGUUAGAGGAAGCUUUGGAGGAAUCUGUGAGCCUUUUUUUAGACCAUGGUCAUGGCAAUCGUGUGGCGGCGACCAGUGAACAAUAACAUCUGUGAACUAAGUGAUUUCUUUUUUCACCGCAGAACCAAACAACACUAACUGAAAUUCAUUUUUUUGUUAUUAAUUCAAAAUUCGUUUAUUACUUAAUUAUUUUAGGAAUUUAAUUCUGUGUAUGUUUCGGUUGGACCUAUUAGGUCCUUGGCCCAUUUUUGCUUCUUUCUUUUAUGGGAAGGCAGGAAAAUUCAAUUAAUUCUUUAUACAAUUGAGAUUAUCUUUGUAUAUUUCUAUCGAA